CUCACUUUAUUUCUCCCAUUUUCUCACCCUUUUCUUCCAUCAAUGGCAGAAAUCUCGUGGAAGAUGACCACCUCUCUCUGGUUGGCGCUGCUCCUCCUCACCACCGCGUCGCCGGCCACCGGAUUUUAUCUCCCCGGCGUCGCGCCACAGGAUUUUCAAAAGGGUGAAAUUCUUGAGGUGAAAGUGAACAAACUAACCUCAACAAGGACUCAGCUCCCUUAUGACUACUACUCCUUGAGUUAUUGCAAGCCUCCUCAGAUCAAGAACAGGGCAGAAAAUUUGGGGGAAGUUCUUCGUGGCGACCGCAUUGAGAACUCUGUCUAUAGUUUUAUGAUGAGAGAGCCGCAAUCGUGUAAAGUGGCUUGUCGCGUGGAGCUCACUGAUGAGUACGCGAAGAACUUCAAGAAGAGGAUCAACGAUGAUUAUCGCGUUAACAUGAUCUUGGACAAUCUUCCUGUUGCAGUGCUUUGGCAAGUUAAGAGUGGGAAUUACAGGAAGAUUUAUGAGAGAGGUGUUAGAGUUGGUUUCAAGGGGAAAUUUGCCGGUAGCAAUGAGCAUAGGUAUUUCAUCUACAACCAUCUCAGCUUCAAAGUUAAGUAUCAUCCUGAUCCGGAUGCUCAAACGUAUCGCGUUGUUGGCUUUGAGGUCACUCCUCUGAGUAUCAACCACCGUUACAAGAAGUGGAAGGAGAACGAUACGAAGCUAGCAACGUGCAAGCAAAGUGGCCAAGCGUUACUCGAACAAGGUCUGCUUCCUCAGGAGAUUGAUGUAGGGAAGGAAGUUGUGUUCACUUAUGAUGUCUCUUUUGAGGCUAGUGACAUCAGAUGGGCAUCGAGAUGGGACACGUAUCUCCUCUCGAACAACGAUCAGAUCCAUUGGUUCUCCAUCAUCAACUCGUUGAUGAUCGUCCUGUUCCUCUCGGGGAUGGUUGCCAUGAUCAUGAUCCGGACGCUCUACAGAGACAUCGCGAAGUACAACCAGCUCGAUCAAGAGGAGGUCCAGGAGGAGACGGGGUGGAAGCUGGUCCACGGAGACGUCUUCAGGCCACCUAGCAAUCAGGCCUUGCUGUGUGUCUACGUUGGCACGGGGGUUCAGAUCUUUGGGAUGACAUUUGUGACCAUGAUAUUCGCGUUGCUUGGCUUCCUCUCGCCUUCCAACCGUGGAGGGCUGAUGACAGCCAUGGUCUUCGUUUGGGUGUUCAUGGGGCUGUUCGCGGGCUACUCCUCUGCCUACUUGUAUAAAACGUUUAAUGGCGCGGAUUGGAAGAGGAUGUCGUUGAAGACAGCGGUCAUGUUCCCCUGUUUCGUGUUCAUCGUAUUCUUGGUGCUAAAUGGCCUAAUCUGGGGCGAGAGGUCGUCCGGUGCUGUCCCCUUUGGGACGAUGUUUGCCCUUGUCGUGCUGUGGUUUGGCAUAUCAGUGCCUUUAGUGUUCUUGGGCAGCUUCAUCGGGUUCAGGACCCGUGUGCCAGAGGAUCCCGUGAAGACGAACAAGAUCCCUAGGCCGAUCCCCCCACAGCCGUGGUACAUCCACCCGCUGUUUGCCAUGCUGUUUGGUGGGAUCCUUCCCUAUGGCGCGGUCUUCGUGGAGCUCUUCUUCAUCUUGACGUCCGUGUGGCUCAACCAGUUCUACUACAUCUUCGGCUUCCUCUUUCUCGUCUUCGUGAUUCUGAUGGUGACGUGUGCUCAGAUCACCGUCGUGUUAUGCUACUUUCAGCUGUGUAACGAGGACUACCGGUGGUGGUGGAGGUCCUACUUGACCUCCGGAUCAUCGGCUAUCUAUCUCUUCUUGUAUGCCAUCUUCUACUUCUGCACGAAGCUCGAGAUCACGAAGGUGGUCUCGGCCAUUCUCUACUUCGGGUACAUGUUCGUGAUUGCUUAUGCUUUCUUCAUCCUCACCGGGACAAUUGGCUUUUGCACGUGCUUCUGGUUCGUUCGCAAGAUCUACUCGUCGGUUAAGAUCGACUAGGGAGGGUCGUUUGGCUUUCUUGCCAGCGUAGAGUUGGUAGAGUGACGAUCUCAUGUAAGCCAGUUACUCCAAUGCUCUCACUCUGUGUUCUUAGGGAAACUGAUUAAGAAAGGCUUUGAUUGAUAAUAAUUUUA